AUUUCCUUGUUUCCAUAAAACAAAGCAUCAUCAUUUCAUAUUCAUCAAUCAAAUGGAUUGAAUCAUAAGACUUGGGAACCUUUCUUGUUUGUUCUCCUCAGUUCCAUCCCUCAACAGCAUUUGCAGUCUAAGAAUAUGCUUCACCGGGCGAAUAAUAGAAGUUUGAUCGGCCCUACACUUGAUCAGCAACCUGAAGAAUGGGAAGUCAGGCCAGGAGGAAUGCUGGUCCAGAAGCGGGAACUGGGCACUCAAGCGAGCGUGGAUCCCAUCCCGAUGAUUCGGGUCAAAGUGCAGUUCGGUCACGUAUAUCACGAAGUUCGGAUUAGUCCUCACGCAAGCUUUGGGGAAUUGAAGAAGCUGUUGGUAGAGUCCUGCGGGCUUCACCACGAGGACCAGAAGCUGAUAUACCGGAACAGAGAGAGGGGAUCAAGAACGUACCUUGACACUGCAGGAGUAAAAGAUGGAUCGAGAAUCGUUCUUGUCGAAGAUGUUUUGAGCAGAGAGAGACGGUGUCUCGAGAUGUUGAAGAAAGCAAGAAUAGAGAAGGCCCAGAAGUCGAUUAAUGCAACCACCUCCCAAAUCAACAAACUUGCCGAGAAGGUGCAAGGCUUGAAUUUGGCAGCUUCAAAAGGCGGGAAGGUUGCGGUAACAGAAGCAGAGAAACUUACAGAAGAUUUGAUGGCACAUUUAGUCAAAUUGGAGGGAAUUACAGCUGAGGGAGAGUUGAAUCUGCAGAGGAGGAUGCAGGUUCGGAGAAUACAAGAAUGCAUCGAAUCUCUAGACAUGCUGAAACUGAAUAGCCCAGUGGACCAUGGCGACCCUCUCUUGCAUCAUCAACCGGGGAACUCGGUCAAGUAUUUACAAAAGCCUUUUGGUCUCGGACAGGAUGAGAAGAAGAACAUUCUGAACAAGAAGCCGACAGAUUCAAAUUCAACCGGUCAGAGGAUGAGGCCAGCGGAUCGACCAUCUGCUACUCAGUCCAGUACUUUCAUGAUGAGUAUGCAGUGGGAAACUUUCUAUUGAAGCACGAAAAGUCACAAUUUAGGUGAAGUCGUUCAUACAUUUAUACAAAUAUAUCGAGUCAUUGUAUGGAUUAGGCUUUUGAGAUAUUGUUUAUAGGUUUGUUAAUGUCUUUGAUAAUAAGAACAUGAAGCAAACAACCGAGUUAAAAUAUCUCCUUGUAAGUAAUUCGACCCAGUUCCAUGUGAUCAUACUCCAGAUUGGAGGAAUUUGGAUAUAGAGACUCAGAAAGCCCAAGAAGCGCUUUCCUUUCGCAAAAAA